UUUAGCAUUUGCCAUCAGUUUCCAGUCGGACGUCAGCGGUGCAGGAGCUCCACGUUCGUCGCUCUCCCGUUUUUCAUUGUAAAAGGAAAACACAUUUUCUCCCCCAACCAAAUUUUUCUUUUGCGCCCAGUUGUGUGUGUGUUGUGUGUCUAGUGUGUAUUUUCUGGAAAGCCGACGCGCCACCUAGUUUACUUGGAAAUUUGUUUCCUUUUUUAUACUCAGAAAAAUUAGAAAUCUGCAAUGUGUUUUAACAAGCCAUCAACCCUAAACGUUUGAAUUUUAAUUUUGGAAAAAAAAGUUUUGAGUGAGUGAGAGAACAACAGCAACGAGGAAAAAAUUCGAAAAAGAAAAGAAAAAUUCGGACGCCAUUGUUGAAGUGGUGUUUGAGAGAGAGAGAGGCCCGAGGGUUUGUUCUUUCCUUCUUGAGCCGAGAGGGCCAAGAUAAAAUAAAUAUCAAGAGAAAGAAUUCUUCCUUCUCAACAAGUGCGUGUGUGUGAGUGUGUGUGUCUUGUGUGUCUGUGUGUGUGUUAUACGUUCCAGUCGUUUGAAGGAUUAAACCGAAACACAACAAUUCUCAAAUCAAAGAAAAAAGGAUUAUUUGAUUUGACGCGGGUGGAGGAGAGAGAGAAAGAACGUCAUGGCGCUCUUGUCUCGCAGUCGAAGCUGGUGGUUUUCAUCAUCAACAUCAUCCUCGUCGAUAUUAUUAUUCGUCUGGACUCUGAUUGUCUCGUUCUGUCUAGCGGCUCAAGCCCGAGCUCCGGCCGGUGACCAGCGAAAGUACCGGACGGCGUACGCGUGCGAGGGGUCCAUGUUGACGCUGUCGUGCAGCGAAAACAACGAAGUGAUCAACCUCCUGCGCGCCAACUACGGCCGCUUCUCCAUCACCAUCUGCAACGAGCACGGAGACACGGACUGGUCCGUCAACUGCAUGUCGCAUCGCUCCCUUCGCGCCCUCCACUCAAAAUGCAAUCAGCAGACUAAUUGCAGCAUUCUGGCCAGCACCAACGUCUUUGGAGAUCCGUGCCCAGGCACGCUCAAGUACCUCGAAGCCCACUAUCAAUGCGUUCCAGCGACGCCCACGUCGUCGACGGCCAGGCCCAGACCUCCUUGGUUCUCGUCGGUCGGCCCGUCCAUUUGGAACACGCUGGGACUGCAGAACGCGUCGAUUUCCACCACGACGACCACGCCCAAUCCGGCCGCGACGUCGACGCUGGCCGAACAAGUCGACAGCGUCGCCAACCACUCGACCGCGUCCGUUUCGUCUGCUUCGACGACGGCCGGCAUUUCUGAACAUUCAAACGGAACGUCGACAACGGCGACGUCCAGCUCGACGACGGCCAAAUCUUUGACGACGACAACGACGACGACGACGCCUCUGCCCAAUUUGCUGGUGGAGUUGACGGAAGUGACGGUGCUGGUCCCGGAUUUCCCUGGACGUCGCCCCCAAUCCUCUUCGUCGUCUUCCACUCCGCUGCCGCCCAGCACGUCAACUUUCGUCUCGGUCGGCCUCGACGACCAGGAUCAGGAUCUCAUUGGAUUGGACGACAUGGUCGUCGACCAGGACCCUGGCCAGGAUCAAAAUGGCGAUCUACUCACCACGCCCGGCUCCAGCACCACCGCUGCCAGUAGUUCGAGACCGAAGGGCUCCUCCUCUUCGCUGGACACUAACGGCGGGCACAAAUCACUGCGGCCACCUGGCGGCGUUGAUCACACCCUCUACUGCCAGCCGGCCGUCACCCGCGGACUCUACUGGAACUGGACCCGCAGCGGCGACCAUGUGGUGCAGCCGUGCCCAGGAGGUGCCACGGGUUAUGCCAGGUGGUUCUGCUCAGCGUCGGGUUCCCUCAAUGGAUCACCUGCCGCCUGGUACCCGUCGUCGCCGGACCUGAGCGAAUGCAAGUCCGUCUGGUUGACGUCGCUCGACUCGCGCAUCGGUGAGGGCGACUCGAUCAUUUCCAUCGCCAACGACCUGGCCCAGGUGACGCACUCCAAGACCCUCUACGGUGGCGACAUGAUGGCCGCCGCCCGGCUCCUAAGACAAAUGGCCAUCAAGAUGGCGGCCGACCUGCAGGCCUUCCCCGACUGGCGUCAGCGUGAAGCCAUCGUCACGGAAUUGGUUCAGAGCGUCGUCCGGGCCGGUUCCAGCUUGCUGGGCUCGGCUCAGUCACUGGCCUGGAGAGAUCUGGGUCUGACGACGCCUCCGGCUGCCAUUCCGGCUCCGGCCACUUAUUCCGCCACUUCCGGCGAUGCGGAUGAAUCGUCUUCGUCGUCUGGUUCGGGUUCGGCUGGUUCGGCUGAUCCGCAUUACUACGCCACUCAGCAAAGGGAUCAGCACGCCCGGACGACUGCGACGGCCCUGCUGACUGGGCUGGAGGAGAACGCCUUCCUGCUGGCCAACACCAUCUCGCGGCAGAAAUCGGUUUUCCAGUCGUUUGACAACAUUCUCAUGUCCGUCAGAGUCCUGGACAUGCGCAACAUCAACGAGCUGUCGUUCCCAUCGGCCGAGGAGCUCCAGGUCUGGAAGUCGAAGGAGGACUGGAUCACCCUGCCGGCCGAGGCCCUGCUGGAGAACAGCGACAACGGACUGGUGCGCGUCGUUCUCUUUGCCUACGAGCACAUGGAGGACAUUCUCAGCCCGGCCAGCAUGAAUCACCAACAGCAGCAUCAUCACUCGUCGCAGCAGCACCGCGACCAGCCGGCCGUGACGGGCGGUUCCGUUUCGUCUCCCAACCGACAGCAGAUCCAACAACAACAACAGCAACAACAACAACAGCAGCAGUUUGGCCACUACGUUGAGAAUGCCACUCGCAUCGUCAACUCUCGGGUGAUUUCCGCCUCGCUGGGCAAAGGCCGUCACAUCCAGCUGCCUCAGCCGGUGACGAUCCGCUUCCAGCAUCUGAGACAGGACAACGUGUCGAACCCGACGUGCGUCUUUUGGGACUACACGGUCAGCGGAUGGUCGGACGAAGGCUGCCGAGUGCUGGCCACCAACCGGACUCACACGCAGUGCCGCUGCGAUCACCUGACCAAUUUCGCCGUCCUGAUGGACCUGCACUCGACUCCGCUGACUUCGCUGCACCAACGGGCCCUGGCCACCAUCACCUACAUCGGCUGUGGCGUCUCGAUCGUCUGCCUGGCCCUGGCCGUCGCCAUCUUCACCCUGUGCCACCGCCAGUUGAAAUCGGACCGCAACACGAUCCACAAGAACCUCUGCCUCUGCCUCCUGCUGGCCGAGAUUGUUUUUCUGUCCGGCAUCAACGCCACACACGACCGGAUCGUCUGCGGCCUGGUGGCCGGCCUGCUCCACUUUUUCUUCCUCUGCGCCUUCAUGUGGAUGCUGCUGGAAGGCUUCCAGCUCUACGUCAUGCUGCUGGAAGUGUUCGAGUCUGAAAAGUCGCGCGUCAAGUGGUACUACCUGUGCGGCUACGGCGUGCCCGUCCUGAUCGUGGCCGUCUCGUCCAUCGUCGACCCCUUCAGCUACGGCACUCCCGACUUUUGUUGGCUCAGAGCCGACAAUUACUUCAUCUUUAGCUUUGUCGGCCCCGUCAUUCUCAUCCUAGCCGCCAAUUUCAUCUUUUUGGGACUGGCCAUUUGGGUCAUGUAUCGCCACCAGACCACGUCGGCUGUCAUGAAGAGUAAAGAGCAAUCGCGUUUGACUAAUGCCAAGGUCUGGAUUCGUGGCUCGUUCAUCUUGGUGUUCCUCUUGGGCUUGACGUGGACGUUUGGUCUGCUCUACUUGAGCGAGUCGACGGUGGCCAUGGCCUACGUCUUCACGAUCCUCAACAGCUUCCAGGGCUUCUUCAUCUUCUUCUUGCACUGCUUCCAAGACGAGCAGGUGCGCAAGGACGUCUACAAGGCCCUACACCGACACGGAUGUCUGCCCACCAGCUGCCUGUCGGGUGCUGGCGGCUCGUCGUCGUCGGCCAGCGCGUCGGGCACGUCGCCCAGCGCCGGAGGCAAAGACAAUCAAACCAUUUUCUACGGGUCGUCGGGUGCCACUUCGGCCGGCGCCACUCUGACUGCCGGCGACGCUCUCACCACAGCCACCUACAUGCCACAACCGUGGAGGGGACCAACCGACGUGACUUUGGUCACGCCCCAGAUCAGCAACAACAACAGCAGCAUGCGGCUCAACAACACCAAAAACAGCCAAUUGCGAUCCAGCGCUCGCACCCUGAAGCAGCAGCCCAUCAUUAACUCGCCCCACGAACUUGAGAAUGGAUCGUACAAGUCUUAUGGACGUGAUUCCGGAAAUGGAAGCUCCGAGCAAGACGACUCUUCGCCCCGUCAGCAGCAACUUCGCGCCCAGCAGCCGUUGGUUCAGCAGCAAGUCCAGCAGCAGCAACAGCAACUGCUCCAGCAACAACAACAACAGCAGCAGCAACAACAGCAACAGCAACAACAACAGGCCAACGGAAGCAUGAACCGACCGCGAGGCAACAACUACCCUCAUCCAGUGCCCAAUCCAGCCCUGGCUGAAGGCGCCGCCAUGGACGCCCAGCUGAUCGCCCAGUUCCGCGACAACACCCGGACGUCUCCGCUUCGACUGGGCCACCACCACCAGCAGCACCUGAGGGGCUCCAACAAGCGCAGCCGCUCGGCCUCGCCCUGGAACCACACUUACAUGGAGAUUGACCUGAGACGGCCCGGAGGAGCCCGCAAAACGCUGACGGAAGAGACGGAAGAGGAGGAAAACGGAAUGGUGUCCGAUCCGGUUUACGAGGAAAUUGAGCGCAACGCCGGAUGCGGUGGUGGCGACCUCUGCCCCUGCAGCAACAACCAACAGCACCAGCUGCAGCGCGGGCCGGCCGUCUUGCACUACCAGCAGGCGUCCGAUUUGAGCGACGAGGACCGUCGCCAGAACAGCAGCGAUGUCAGCCGCCAGUCGUCGCGCUCUUACGGCGACAGCCGGCCGUUGAUUCCGCUCCAGCAGCACCAGCACCACCACAACCACGGCCACCACCACCACCAGCUGAGCAGCCAGAGCCAGCCGGGCGGUGGGACCCACGACCUCCUGACGACCAUCAGCUGCGCCUUCAACUCGCCGCACCUGAGGACCAAGCACAGGCAUCCGAGCCUGACCCAGUUUGACAUUGCCGCUCAACAUUCGCAUCCGCCGCCCAUCCACAUGGGCUUUGAGGGAGCUCCGCAUUUUGACGCCGACCGCUACAGCCAGCGCCCGCCACCUCCUCACUCGAACGGCGGCCCUCUGUACCCGUACGAGCAGGAGACUGGACUGACGGCCCUCAGUUUGAUGAACGGCGAGCGCAUUUUCGUGGCCAGCGGGGCCGUCCUGGAACAGCAGCGCAGUCCCGCCAUCCAGCAGAGGCCGACCAUUCCUUUCACCGAGUGCUGAACGACAACACAAGUGAACCAAAAAAAAAAAAACAUUCGAAGAAGAAACAAAAUUUAAUUUUUCGUCUGGAGGAGCAAAAGGAGUUGUUGAGGAUUGAAUGAUUGGAGGAUUUUUUGCCAUGACCAGAGAUGAUUCCCCCGGAAAAGAAAAAAUUUCUCAUCAUGUGAUAUAUACUUUGCGCAUGUAAAUAAUCAGAGGCAAAGAGGAGAAUUUCCUUUUCUUCUUCUGUCAUCUUUUUUAAUUUCUUUAAAUUGUAAAAGAUGAAGAAAGAAAAGGAAAAAUUAAAAAUAAUGAAAGUAAAAGAGAGAAGAUUUAUAUAUUUAAACAAGCGUGUCAUCAUCGUUGUAUCCCCCCCACUGAAUGUGUCCUGAGUUGAUCGACGUGUUUUUUUAGUCAAAUUAUAUAUUAUAUAUACAACACAAAACAGAUAUAUCAUCCUCUCCCUCGUCUCCUAUAAUCCUCUCGCUCCCAAUCCAAUUGACUUGAUUAUUGCGUGUUAUAAUUGUGUCUGAUGGCCCACCUCGAUUCUCUCCCUCCCUCCAUUUACUCCGUGAAUUUAAAAAACAAAUUUGUCAAUGAAGAAAACAAAAUCAUAUUUAACUAAAAAUCAUUUAACUAAGAAAAAAGACGACCCUCCUCCUUUUUCACCCACCACCACCCCCCGCCCCACUCAACAGCAAAAAAAAAAAACUUGUAAUUUGUUUUCGUGUAUAAUGUCGAUUGCGACGUGCCUGUGUGUCUCUAUGUUUUCGGUGGCGCUACUCGGCUUUGAUAUAAAAAUAUGGCGGACAUUUUUUUUUGUUUGUUUGUUUGUUUGUUUUUCUCCCCCCCCCCCCCCCCCUUUUUGUUCUUUUUGUACAAAGUUCAACAAAAAUUCCUGAUAAUUUGUUUCUUUUUGUGUUUGGACAAAUACACAACUUGGUCUGAACUGUUA